GAGAUGUCUGUGUUUGGGGGAGUGAAUGAACUCGUAUUUAGAAAGAAAAAAACACACUGUGCUUGAGUCGAAUGAUUGUGCAUUUAUUUCCUACAAGAACAGCCCGAACAGCUCGUGCUUGAUACAGAUAACAGAUCCUGAACUUUUCAUCUGAACAAAUGGCGAUCGAAAACCUGCUUCCAGCCAACUUUGGCUAUGCAAUUUUUACAUAUUUGUACAGUUUUGUCAUGUUGAUGUAUCUCGGGUUCCAAGUUGGAAGUGCACGGAAGAAGUAUGGAGUAAAGUAUCCCACCAUGUACAGUGAUAAGGAGCAAGUGUUCAACUGUAUCCAGAGAGCUCAUCAGAACACACUGGAGGUGUAUCCACAGUGGCUGGUGUUCCAGACUAUUGCUGCAUUGGAGUAUCCUAUUGCCGCCUCUGUGUUAGGAGUCAUCUGGGUUACGAGCAAGUUCUCUUAUGCCUGGGGUUAUUACACUGGUGAUCCUGCUAAGAGGAUGCGUGGUGUAUAUGGAUAUAUCGGGCUUUUUGGAGUCAUUCUGCUUUCCAUCUCUGUUGCUCUGAAACUGCUUGGAGUCCUUUAAGGGAAACACCACUGAGAAAAUACGGCAUAAAACCAAUUCUUGGCACUUAAUGUAGUUGUCAGUGAUUUUCACGUUUUUACUCUCUUGUUUUAAUUACAUUACUCCUUCCUGAAUAUUUUAUAUAGUAUGAACUAUUUCAUCAAAUGUAAUCCACUUGUUAGCCUUUUAUACACAUUCUUUACACAGCUUUCCUUACAUUUAAAUUAGGGUGACCACAUAGUCAUUGCAUGAUUGUGUUUAUGUUCAGAUUACCUUGGUUUAAGUACAGCUUUUGUACAGAGCACUUCAGGUAUAAAUCUGUGAAUGGGAACAUUUCAAAUACUGUGCUGAUUUGAUUAGGAUGUAUAGUCACCCUAUGUUAUUUCAUUAAAUUCAGACGAAUGAAUAAAAUGUCUGUAAGAUUCGAUCAAACCAUGUGUGAGUACUGAGUGCUUCAAACUGCAAGAAAAUAUUGUAGUCCUGCAUAAUUUAUACUCAUUUUAUUCAUUUGUGAAACCACUGUCAUUACUGUAAAAGAGAUUAAAGAUCUUGUGUGAAAGUUA